AUGGGCUCUAUCAUAAACACUGAUCCCGAGCUGGACUUGGUUGUUCUGGGCUUGAGCAGUGGCAUAUCCAUGGAGAGCAUAGAGUUCGCGUUAUGCCGAUUCAGACAACAAAACCCGGCACAGCCUGUCCGCUUGGAGCUGCUGAAAUAUGGAGAGACGCUACUGGACCCUGGAAUCGAGAAGCGACUGACGGACAUGAUUUCUGAUGACUUUAACUCGCCAGAACAAGUUGCUCAAGUCAAUGAUAUUCUUGGGGAAGCGUUUGCCGAGGCCGCAUUGCAGUUUAUUGCCACCAACGACAUUGAUAAAUCUACAAUAGACAUCAUCAGUUGUCGUGCGCAAGCAGCAUGGCGCAUUCCUUAUCCCGCAGUACACCAAACGAGGACAUCUCUUCGAUUGAACGAAGGUACCGUUAUAGCUUCACGUACCGGAAUCACAACGGUGACCGAUUUUCGAGUCGGCGAGGCCGUUGUGGGCCCACAAGGGGCUCCCUCCGAUUUCGAUGCCUUGCUUCUGCAUCAUCCUACCAAACUAAGAGCCUGUCAAAAUAUUAGCGGCAUCGGCAACGUAUGCUUUAUACCCCCAGAUAUCAGCGGCGAGCUUAAUAAUGGCUUCAUUAACUUUGAUACGGGCCCUGGAAAUAUUUACAUCGACGCUGCUAUUCGCCAUUAUACAAAUGGUGCGCAACGAUACGAUGUGGAUGGCGAAAUAGGCAAGCGAGGAGAGGUAGAUGAAGAGAUUGUGGACGACUUCAUCUCCUCUCAUCCCUACUUUCAGCGAUCUAUUCCAAAGAGUGCUGGCCGUGACGACUUCAGAGCUUCAUUAGCUUAUGAACUUAUAUCCAAAGCAGAAGAUAAGGGGCUUUCACCGGAAGACGUUGUUGCCACAAUCACGAGGAUCACGGCUCAGUCUAUCGUAGAUCAUUACAAGUGCUUCGCGCCGUCACAGAAUAUUGACGAGCUGUUUCUUUGUGGUGGCAGCGCAUAUAACCCAAACAUUGUUAAUUUUAUUCAAAAGAAUUACGCUUCAACGAAGAUAUAUACGCUUGACGUUGCUGGUAUCCCGGCUGUUGCAAGAGAGGCAAUAACGCUUGCUUUACAGGGCAUGAAUACGGUUGUUAGCCGGACUGUUCGGACGUCACACGGUGCUGAGACGCGGCAACAGUUGAUUGCUGGAAAGAUAUCCCCUGGUGAUAAUUAUGGACAAGUGAUGCAGAAGGUGGUGCAAUUUGGAAAUGGCGAAACGUUGGAGCCUAUAAGAGAUUUGGUCAAUGUGGUCAACGGAGAAGAAAUACACAAUAAGUGGUGA